UUAUUUGGGGUCUCCCGGGGGUGCGGUGCAGAAAGGCACCCGGGGGGAGGACUGAAGCACGGUGCCCGUGUAUGUACCGAAAGGAGCGCAUCGACCGCGGAGUCUGCUUGAACAGUAACGUGGUAUAACCUGUGGUAUAGCAUGUGUUAUACCUGUGUUAUAACCUGUGGUAUUACCUGUGGUAUAGCAUGUGUUUUAACCUGUAUUACAGCAUGUGUUAUACCUGUGUUAUAACUUGUAUUAUAACCUGUGGUAUAACCUGUGUUAUAGCAUGUGUUAUACCUGUAUUAUAACCUGUGUUAUAACGUGUUAUAACCUCUGCUGGCCAGUGGCAUGAGGAGAUCUUUCUAAUUUCGGCCUUUUUUCUUGUUGCUGUCUUUGUAGACUGGACGACAGAUAUUAUUGUUAGGGAAAGCAUGUGGAUGUGAGAGCUGCCCCAGCAUAAGAACAACCUGAAUGUUUUGUAUGAAACAGGUUUGAGGUCCUCUUCUUUGACAGUGUGUAGGAGAGACCUGAAGAUCAUCUCACACCUCAGCUUGACACAAACUGCAGACAGCAAAAUGACAGUCAGGUGAUUCAUGGCAGGGGACGUGGAAGGGUUUAGCUCCUCCAUCCAUGACACCAGUGUCUCUGCAGGAUUCAGAGCACUGUAUGAGGAGGGAUUGCUUCUUGAUGUCACACUUGUCAUUGAAGACCACCAAUUUCAGGCCCAUAAAGCACUGCUUGCCACCCAGAGUGAUUACUUCAGGAUUAUGUUCACAGCAGACAUGCGAGAACGAGAUCAGGACAAAAUCCAUUUGAAAGGUCUGACAGCUACAGGCUUCAGUCAUGUCCUCCAAUUCAUGUACUAUGGAACUAUUGAACUGAGUAUGAACACUGUUCAUGAAAUCCUUCAGGCUGCCAUGUAUGUCCAGCUUAUAGAGGUGGUAAAGUUUUGCUGCUCUUUUCUCUUAGCUAAAAUCUGCUUAGAAAACUGUGCAGAAAUUAUGAGACUUCUGGAUGAUUUUGGUGUAAACAUCGAAGGAGUCAGGGAAAAACUGGAUUCCUUUCUGCUAGAGAAUUUUGUGCCACUCAUGUCCAGACCUGACUUUCUUUCAUACCUGAGCUUUGAGAAGCUCAUGUCUUACUUGGACAAUGACCAUCUGAGCAGGUUCCCAGAGAUAGAGCUGUAUGAAGCUGUGCAGGCCUGGCUGCGCCAUGAUAGAAGACGCUGGAGACAUACGGACACCAUCAUUCAGAACAUCAGGUUUUGUUUGAUGACACCAUCCAGUGUUUUUGAGAAGGUAAAAACAUCAGAGUUUUACCGAUACUCCCGGCAGCUGCGACAUGAGGUUGACCAAGCCAUGAAUUACUUUCAUAGCGUUCACCAGCAGCCUUUGAUGGAAAUGAAAUCGAACAAAAUUCGUUCUGCCAAACCCCAGACUGCAGUAUUUAGAGGAAUGAUAGGACACAGUAUGGUAAACAGUAAAAUCCUUCUCUUGCACAAACCGAGGGUCUGGUGGGAACUAGAGGGUCCUCAAGUACCUUUGCGACCAGACUGCCUUGCCAUUGUCAAUAACUUCGUGUUCUUAUUAGGUGGGGAAGAACUGGGGCCAGAUGGCGAGUUCCAUGCUUCAUCCAAAGUGUUCAGGUACGACCCAAGGCAGAACACUUGGUUACGGAUGGCAGACAUGUCUGUGCCACGCUCCGAGUUCGCUGUCGGGGUCAUUGGCAGGUACGUGUAUGCAGUGGCUGGCAGAACCAGGGAUGAAACCUUUUACUCCACUGAGCGCUAUGACAUCACCGAAGAUAAAUGGGAGUUUGUGGAUCCCUACCCAGUCAAUAAGUACGGACAUGAAGGGACUGUGCUUGGUAACAAGUUGUAUAUCACUGGUGGAAUUACAUCCUCUUCAACUUCUAAGCAAGUGUGUGUGUUUGAUCCCAGUAAAGAAGGGACGGUAGAGCAGCGAACGCGGAGAACUCAAGUGGUCACUAACUGUUGGGAAAACAAAUGCAAAAUGAAUUAUGCCAGAUGCUUUCACAAAAUGAUUUCUUAUAAUGGUAAGCUCUAUGUCUUUGGUGGUGUUUGUGUGAUCCUGAGAGCUUCCUUUGAAUCUCAGGGAUGUCCAUCUACAGAGGUUUAUGACCCCGAUACCGAUCAGUGGACUAUACUGGCUUCUAUGCCAAUAGGCAGGAGUGGUCACGGUGUGGCUGUUCUGGACAAGCAGAUAAUGGUUCUUGGAGGCCUUUGUUACAAUGGUCAUUACAGUGAUUCAAUUCUCACUUUUGAUCCAGAGGAAAACAAGUGGAAAGAAGAUGAAUAUCCAAGGAUGCCGUGCAAGCUGGAUGGCUUACAGGUCUGCAGCCUGCACUUCCCUGAGUAUGUUUUGGAGCAUGUCAGACGUUGCAGCUAAAACAGAAUGAACAACCCAGUCAAAUACAAAAGAGCUAUACUAAUUUGUUGAAAAAAAUUACAAACAGUUGAAUUCCUGCAGAGACAUUUCCUUGUGUAUAAGAACAAUGCCCAAAUGCUCAAGAGAAACAGGAUGUACAGGCAGUGUACUUACCAAGUUUAUUAGAAAAGGUGAUAGUUGGUCUGACCUUGUGAAAGCUUUGUGGGUUUUUUUUUUUUGAAUAAAUGUAAUUGUAAGUAUGAGAAAAAAAUAUAUUUUUGAGUCUGCUUUUUUUUUGGUAACAUUUUAUGUCCACAAUGUGUUCUGUUUUUUUAAUGGCUAUUAUACCACUAUGCUUUUGAAGUAAGUUGAGUUUGACAAAAAUAUUUGUGAAAGGAAGAGAAGGAGGAUGUUAUUUUCAUUUUUUAUUGAGCAUCAAAAUACAGUUCAUCACCUGUACUUGGGUACAACCAGGUAUAAAGUAACAAGCCAACCAUUUCUGUAUUUUAUGUUGUCUUUUAGAUGCUUUUCCUAUUAACUGCAAAGUACUCUCAAAUCUACUAGGUGUUUUUGUUUUUCCUUAUUUACUUUGGAAAAGAAUUUUGACCCUUUUGCAUGACCCUUUUCCUGGUUUUGUAUAGCUGUACCAGUAAGUCUGCCAAAAUGCAAACUACACAUUUUCUACUAAAUUUAAAACAAAGCAUUUUUAUAUUCAAAACUCUAUUUCUAUGCUGCCUUCUAUUGUCUGUGUUGUUUGUUGGUGAGUAAAAAAAUGUAUACACACAUGUGCAUACACUGUAAAAACUGUAUAUAAAUGCAUCUUUUUAUGUGCAGUUACAAUAUUAUAUUUUAACUAGUGCACAGAUUCAGCCAUAUCUGUUGAAUUUAGGGUAUUCUUUCAUGAGCUAAAUAGUUCAAAGUUCCUAAGUGAAACUGGAAGCCUCAUUUGGUAUCAAAGUAUCUUUAGUGUAUACUGAUUGAUCCAGUAACCUUAAACUCUUUAUAUUGUUGCUACAUAAUGAACUGUUGGUUAUUUGUUAUUUUAUAAAUUAUUUUUUAAAAGUAAACUCAUUUUACCUGAGUUUCUUUUUGGUUUCAAUGUGCUGCCCAGUUUUCUUUUUUUGUUGAAAUUGAAAACGUCAAAAAGCAAAUGCUCAGCACUGCUGUAACCCACAGUUAUUUCUGGAACUGGAUACUGGAUAUGCUACAGUUUAUUGUCAAUAUUUUAUUAUACUCACACUUCAAUAUGAGUGCUCAUAUUGAAGUGAUAAAAUCUUUUUAUUAUUAUUAUUAUUUAACUAUUAACUGUUAAGAACUACUGUGUUUGGAAAAUGUGGAGUUAGGUGAUUGGUUUGUUAGUGUAAUUUCUGCUUCUUUUAUAAAAACCUCCACAACUAUGGCUACUGACCUUGGAGUGCCUGAGUAGAGAUGGCUGGUCCAAGAGGGCUUUGACUAUUCCAUUGUGCUAACUUGCAGGUAUAAAUGACAGUAGAUUGAUAAGAAUUAUCUGCCACGACAUAAAUAAUAACAGUAUAGUCCAAAUAACAUUUGGACUAUCUUUGUGGAUGUAAAUCAGCCACUUUUAGAACCCACAGGAGAGAUCUGGUGAAGCUGAAGGCUCACAUGUAGUUCAGAUGCUGAAACAUGAGCUGCAUAUUUUGUAAAAUCUUAUGCUGCUGUGUUUCAUUUUAAGCAAUAGACUUUACUUUAUAUGCAGCAAUGCAAAACCACUUUGUUCAGCAUCUUCCAGUCAGAAUUCACUGUAGAAAAGGAAUGUACAGUACUCAGGGAGUUCAAAAGAAUGCACUUACAAAGGGACCAAAAUCACCCUAAAUUUUCUAUAUAAAAACAACAUCUGCUUGUGUAAAUGAAAUUUCAAAUAAUAGAAGUUAAAACAAUGUGUAAAACUUCUCCUGUUGUGUUCCUGUAUCUUUGUAGGAAUUAUGUUUUGGGUUGAAAUGUGAGUAUUUGGAGCUAUAUGGCAAGUCAGCAGAUUUUUUUAGGGUUUGUUUAUUGUUAGAAAUGAUUUAUUAAUCGAGUAUAUUCAUAUAUUUUGAAAGAAGGAGGUAAUGUUUGCCAUCGUAGCUGUAGUGAUAAGUUAUUUACAACAGAAGGGACUGGACCAAAUAUUGAUAUUCAGCCUUCUGAUGCAGAAUAGUUUGCAGCUAAAUUUGUCUUUUUUAAUACGAAUUCAGUUUACUGAAUUAGAAAUCUAAUUUACUUUCUUGAUAGACUAACUUAAAAAAAAUGUGGCUUUACACUAAACCUCAGUUUCACUGUGAGACGUGUACAUCACCCUACAUGGGGAGAGAUAAACUGACUCUGGUAGGGGCUGCCUGUGUGCUGACUGUACAUAAUUCAUGGAAUAUUGGGGCACAAGAGAAAAAAACACAGGUUGAGAGAUUUUUGUUUGUUGGGGUUAGGGUUUUACAGUUGGUUUGUUUUAGUGGUUUUGUUAUUUUUUUUUUUGUCACCAGCUCAUUUCUUAAUGGGGCAGCAAGCUAAUCCUAUGUGAGGCAGCUGUCAAGGGCACUUCACUUUGUGUGGGGCCAGUGCCAGUGUGGGAGCAGCCCUGGCUCUGGAUAUCUGCUGUUCAGGAGUCAGAUGUCCUAAAGACAUGGCCAAGACUUUUUUAAAAGUAGUGGUAAGGAUAGGGGUGUCUCAAGUUACAUUUUUGAGUCUGCAUUUAAGCACCUUCUGAAGCUCUGUGCACUCAGCAGCUGCCACUAAAGUAAUUGGUGAGUGCUGACACUUGAAAAAUGAAGAACCAGAUGGGUUUUGGUGCUCUGCUUUUAAGCUCAUGUUUAUCUUCAGGUGCCCAGUUCUGAAAGCUCUUGUUCAGGAUUGUAGUAGUAAUUGUUCUGUGAAAUUAUAAUUGAACUGUUGGUUUCAGCUUCCCUGAAGCUGUGUCCCCAUUGAGAGGCUGGCUGUAAGCUUUCCAGCAUUAGGGAUGCUUGGGAUUAGAGUGGUGGGGAUAUGGGAGCAUGUUUUGUCAGUUUACAUAUCUACUGUGCUUUCAUUGUUUUGGACCUGAAAUAUAAAAAUUAGCUUCUCCUUUAUACUAUAAUGGAACUUUUGAGACAGUUACUUUGGUUACUUGGAGGGAUUUUUUUAAUUGAAAUUUUUUUUUUAAUGUUUGCUCUUAGUAUUUAGCUCCAGAUAACUUAGUACCUUACUAGGAACAAACCUAAGAUGGCUGAUAAGAAUUGCCUGUUACUAUCAAAUUUUGAGCGUUAUGGUCAGAUUAAGAUGGGGUUUAAAAUACAUUUAAAUGCCUCUCAUUUGUGAAGGAAUAGCUAAGUUAUGAUCUUUGGUUAUUAGAUUUGGGAAGGUUCUCCUGUUCCCAUCCCAUAACGGAAUACCAGCAAAUCUAAUGUCACCCACAUAUUUAAAAUGCAACAUAUGACUUGCUUUUAAAAGCAAAUGUACUUGCCUUUUUUUACAAAGGUGGACAUAAUGAGUUACAAUCUAGGGGGUUUUUUUCACAUCUAUAGAAAAAAUAUAUCAGCUUCAUUUCUUAAUUUAGCAACCAACUUCAGAAAUAAAUUUUCUUUUCAAACAAGACAAUGGACAAAAAGCACAGUGUUCCUGUAAAGGGACUGGAUACUGCCAGUUCCAAUUUCACAUGCUCCUAGGUCUGGUUUUAGGGGACAGAUUUUUUUUUUUUAAGUACUGCAUAAGGAAAAAAUAGCUCACUUUCUGCCACAAAGUGUUUGUUGGUAGUUUCAUUGUGGGGAGGCAUCAGCUGGCAAAAAGAAACUUUGGGUAUUUUUUUCCCCAUGAAUUCAGCUGGAAGAAGGCAGACCUUGGUUUUACAGAGGUCCUGCUGUUUCAGAAAGCACUGCUAGCAAGUGGCAGCAUAUGAGCUACCUGGCAACCUGCUUUUAUGCUACUUUUGAAAAAUGUGGAUGCCCUACUUCCUGCAGUAUGAUAGCAGUCCUGUUAGAACUAGCUCUGAGGGUUUGACUGCAACACUUCCCUGGUUCCUGGGCUUUGAAGCUAUUGAUUCUUGAGGCCCUCCUGCCUCAAGAAUUCCAAGUGCUGCAUUUCCUCAUGCUGAGAAUAUGGUACCUACUUGUGUCAGGGAUGAAGCUUCACUUGACACUCAGGAAACAGAUAAAAUUCAGCAGGUGCAAAUUCAAACUGAUGUAAAAAACCCCAUUGCUUAACUCAUGACGUCCAUUCUUUAGCAAAGGGAGAGUAAGCAUUGUGGGGAGACACUAACAGUUCUUUAAAAUAAACUUGUAGUUUGUGUCAGCCUGCAUUUGUCAAAGUCUAUUUAGAAGUAGUUGCAUUUGUAGAGGUAUUUUGCCUUUUUAAUAUACUUUUUCUUAAAAAAAUAAAUAGUGAAUUGGGCCCCAGAUUCUUCAGAUGUAGACUUCACAUAUGUGAAUAGUCCAAUACAAAGAAACAGAAAACUCUAAGGUACUUAAAGGAAAACAUGUAAGCACAUGUGUUACUCUGCCUGUGCUUAAGAGUUUAUAGGGUUGGGGCCAUCAAAGAGAACAUCCCUCCUGCUCUCCUGCUAAUAAAAAUAUAUAUCUAGGUGGUGAAGCUAUUUGAAUAAGCAUCUGUCACACAUGGCAGGGUUUGCCGGAGGAGAGUAGGAAAGAACAUAACUGGAAAACAUCUUAAAGCAUCUGUUUAAACAGAGCUUGCUGGUGUCCUGUAGGUAACAUUCUGAGAUUUUCAUGUUUGUUAAACACUUAAAAGCUGCUUAAAAGAAAUGCUAAUGACUACUUUUGCAUUUGUAUUCUAUUUUUGAAAGUUGGUGAGUAACUUGAAAAUUUCCAUUUUGUGUGGGUAAACGUCAUAAAACAGUUGUAUGUGGCAUGUGGCAGAAAAACUAAUUUGUUUUGAGCACAGCUUUCCUGUGUGUCCCUCUACUAAUUUUUUUACACUUCUCUAAGUUCAAUUUAUGUCAUCUUCUAGAAACAGCUUUCAAAAAUCAAUUUUAAAUACUUAUUGGAUUAAUAUUAUGUUGGUAGCUAGGGGAAAAUAAUUUCUAUGUGCAGGUAGUUUUUAUUUAUGGCUCUGGUAGAAAAAUCUUACUGUAAGUCUAGGAAAUGAAGAGCUCUAUAGGACUGUAAAGUUAGCUAUAUUUAGGGGGGCUUUUAUUACCUCAGAGGGACCCACCUAACUUUUAUGUCAGUGUUGGAGCAGGUGAAGGGAAGAGUGAAUUAUGUUUUUAUGUUAAAUAUUUUUCCCUACAUAUUGUUAUUUUUUUAGAUCUUUCUAAAAUAAAUUAUUAUAUGCUGGAGAUUGCAAUUCCACUAUAAUAUCCCACAAUUCCAGUGUACAAUAUCAGAUUGUUUGUAUUGAAAAGAAUGUAUUUGAUAAGUUAACAGGAAAAGUUAUUUUCAAACUGUACUGUGCUUGUGUCUAGCCAUUGGAAAUACUUUUCCUAUAGAAAAUCAAAAUUAUUUGUAUAUGUCCUCAUAUAUACAUUUGGAUUACCUGUCUAAUGAUUACUCUAGGACUGCUAUAAACUUGUCUAAAUAAUUUAAGAAUUGCCUCUUUUUAACUGUUUUAAAGCAUUUUUUCUUGUCUUUUUUUUUUGGCAGAAAUUAAUUUUCCCUUGUCAUGGAUACAAGUAUGCUCAGACUUGCAUAUGUGCUCUGUUUGGGUUUCAAGCUGAAAAAAAUGUAUAAAAUGUGUAUAAAGAAAAGUGUAAAUAAAAUAUUUUUAAUCUUUAAA